UCCGCCUCGCCGGCUUCAUUCACGCCUGGGGUCUCCAAGGGGGAAGGCGGGCGUGUGGCGCGGAGAGCGUGUGGGGCGAGGGCAUAGCAUCACGUAAGGAAAUCCGUACAACAAAGAGCUCGAGGUGGCGACCGCAGCUCCUUGCCCGGUAAUUAUUUCGUAUAGAAAAUGUUCUCCCGAUUAAGAAUAGCUGCUGCUCCUUGUGCGUUGGCAUGCCGUGGUGUACAUACAAAAGAAAAAGGGAAGCUCUUGAUGCUGAACCCCAGAACAAAUAAAGGUAUGGCUUUCACGUUAAAAGAGCGUCAAAUGCUCGGGCUUCAAGGACUUCUACCGCCCAAGAUAGAGACACAAGACAUCCAGGCCAUGCGUUUUCAUAAGAACGUGGCCAAGAUGACCGACCCUUUGGAAAAAUACAUCUAUGUGAUGGGAAUGCAGGAAAGGAACGAGAAGUUAUUCUACCGGGUAUUGCUAGAUGAUAUCGAACAGUUAAUGCCAAUUGUUUACACACCAACAGUGGGCCUAGCGUGUUCUCAAUACGGACAUAUCUUUAGAAGGCCAAAAGGAUUGUUCAUUGCCAUAACAGAUAGGGGUCAUGUUAGAUCAAUUGUGGACAACUGGCCAGAAAAUGAUGUGAAGGCUGUCGUCGUCACAGAUGGAGAACGGAUCUUGGGUCUGGGUGAUCUCGGUGUGUACGGAAUGGGAAUUCCUGUCGGCAAGCUGUGUUUAUACACAGCAUGUGCUGGAAUAAACCCUGAUAAGUGCCUCCCUGUCUGCAUUGAUGUCGGCACUGACAAUCAGGCACUUCUGCAGGAUCCGUUUUACAUGGGACUCUACCAGAAGCGAGACCGUUCACAGCUUUAUGAUGAUCUCAUUGAUGAGUUCAUGGAAGCCAUUGUAGGCAGGUAUGGCCAGAAUACCCUUAUUCAGUUUGAAGACUUUGGUAACCACAAUGCUUUCCGUUUCUUGAGAAAAUACAGAGAAAAAUAUUGCACCUUCAAUGAUGAUAUACAGGGAACAGCUUCAGUGGCUUUAGCCGGCUUAUUGGCAGCCCAGAAGGUUACUGGCAAACCACUCACAGAGCACCAGAUCUUGUUCCUUGGUGCAGGAGAGGCUGCCCUUGGAAUAGCCAAUCUCAUCGUUAUGGCUAUGGUGGAAAAUGGCCUUUCUACAGAAGACGCUUAUAAGAAAAUAUGGAUGUUUGACAAAUUUGGCUUGUUGGUUCAGGGUCGGGAACAAACAGUAGAUGUCAACCAAGAGCCUUUCACUCACCCACCUCCAGAGCAACUGCCCAAAAGCUUCUUGGAUGCAGUGAAUGUGCUUCAACCUUCUGCCAUCAUUGGUGUUGCAGGUGCUGGCCGACUCUUUUCUCCUGAUGUGAUCAAAACAAUGGGUUCUCUUAAUGAGAGACCAAUCAUAUUUGCACUGAGCAAUCCUACCGGAAAAGCAGAGUGCACUGCUGAGGAAGCAUACGCGUUAACAGAGGGCCGUUGUCUGUUUGCAAGUGGGAGUCCAUUUGGGCCAGUGAAGCUCAGCGAUGGCCGAUCGUUUAGACCAGGCCAGGGAAACAAUGCAUACAUCUUUCCAGGUGUUGCUCUUGCGGUGGUUCUCAGCGGCGUUCGACACAUUAGUGACAAAGUCUUCUUGGAGGCUGCAAAGGCUUUGACAGAACAGCUGAGUGAGGGAGAGCUUGCUGAGGGACGGCUUUAUCCUGCACUCUCCAACAUCAGAGAAGUUUCCAUUAAUAUCGCUGUUAAAGUUAUGGAAUUUUUAUAUGCCAACCACAUGGCGUUCCAUUACCCUGAGCCUGCAGACAAGAACCAAUAUAUACGAUCAAAGAUCUGGAACUACGAGUAUGACUCCUUUCUACCGGAUCUGUAUGACUGGCCAGCAUCUGCAUCCUACCCACAAAAAGCAAGCUGAUCGGCCUGAGGGGCACACACCUCAGGUGGCAUCUGAAGUUCUGCAGGGAACCCCUGUCCAGAACAGUGUUGGAAAACUGUCCAGACCAGGGUGUUUUGAGACUUGAAAUGUUGCUCCUCCUUUCGGUUUUUUGAACACUCCCCCAAGUUAAAAUGUGGCCCCAUAAUUGCUGAUUGGACUGCUUAUGGUAUGGACUUUCCCACUGAUGGAUUUUGUUGCUACGUCUGGAAACAAUACACAAGCUUACUUUGAUAUUUUAUAAUUCCUAUCAGAAUAGUAAUGGAGCCACAUGCAGAAAAGUCUUUAAUGUUGUCUCUCCCCCCCCCCUUGUUUUAGAGCUAGUUUAUACAACUCCAGCAAGACUGAAGGAUAAAGAUUUUUCUGGCUUUCAGUUUUCAUGUGGAGAAUGCUGGUACACGUUUAUAUGCAUCCUCUUUGACAUGUAAUUCAGUGGAAAUCAGCAAGUGAGAAAAUGAGAUGGAGAUUUGGGCUAGUCUUUCCUUUAAAAAAAACUUGCAACCUAUUUUCGUGGGGAAAACAUGCAAAUAUAGUCUUCUGCAGCCUCAAGUGGAACAGUCCAGAAAAAAAGUUAUCUAUUAAUUCUGCUGAAUAUGUUAGCUGGCCACUCCCAUCCAGUGUUAUGCUUAGAAGUCUUUUUUCCCCCCAUUGACAGCUCUUGCAACUAUCUGAUGACACUGGAUUUUGUGAAAUGAAUCGGGCAGUGCCAGAUUUGCUAUGAGUAUAGGCCUCCUGUUUCCUGUGCUGAGUUGCCUAUUCUGAACUUGCAGUAAGCAGUUCUGUUCUUGCUUUUUGUGGGGGGGGGGACAUUGCCAGGAAUCAUGGUUUAAGUCUCCAGAAUCCAUUUAGCUUAGUAUGCUAAUACUGGCUCUUAAUUUUACAGUCAACUUGUCUUUGCAGCCCUCCAUGAUUUAUCUCCCCUUCCUGUAAACAACACUUAUAAAUCAGUUUUUCAGCUUUUCAUUUUACAAGUUUUUAUUUGAAUGAGUUGUCUGUCGAAUCUGUUAGGAAAAUGCAGCUAUUUGGGGGAGAAUUUAUAAGCUAGCCUCUCAGAAAAGUAAAUCUCAAAGAUGCAUGACAAAAAAACCAACUAACUCCACACACAAUUUGUCCCCAAUUCCAUCCAGUUAAAUUCUGAAUGUAAUACUGUCUGGAAGGUGUUCUUUAGAGCCACAAGUGUGAAGACUGAAACACAGUGCAACUUGAAAAUGUGGACUUCAGUCUUGAUAACAUUGAUAAGUAAGGAUCUGUUUCCCCACCUCUUUUUCACUGAAGAAAAACUUAAAACCAUCAAGGCAUUAGUGAGUACCAAAUAUAGCAGCAUCAUUGCAAAGAUAAAUUUAAAGCAUGUCAGCAAUUCAGAGUGUGUUAUAAUAGAAUUAAAUUAAUCCACAAGCUCUCAGAAAUACCUGUUUGACCAGGAGGGUUUGAAUAUAUAUGGUUUUUGAAGGGAAACGAGCCGUUCAAAGCUACAUUUCCACCACAGGAACAAGCACCGCUGGGGAGACUGAAAAGAUGGGAUGGUACCCUAUGAACUUGUCCAAAGCCAAGACGAAUCUUGGAGUCAUGUAGAAGCUUGUGCAGGAAUCACACUCCAUGGGCGUUGAGUUGGCAAACCCUGGGGGGGGCACAGCUCCAUGCAACUGCCCUGUGUUGUACAGAUCGGUUUUCUGCAGAGUUGUUUUAAAACUGAUUUUUCCCUCCGUGCUGAUGCAUCUGCCACUUGACGUUCCUACAGAGCAGUGUUUUGUGUAGAGGCUAAAUUAGAGUCUAGGUUGGUAAGCGUUAAAUGAAUGGCCUAAAGUUGAGAUGAUUUGUGGGAACUGGUCUAAGAGUUGUUCCCCGAUUAUUACAGAGGAAUUGUUUUUCAUGUCAAGACGGCUGUCGUGUCCUGAGUUUUAAAGGAACCUGUUGGGCAGACAGAUGCAUCUCUUUCUCCUUUUGUGUCAAAUGGACAACAAGGUAGCAGGGGAUUUAUGUUUGGCACGUCAUAUCUCUGGCAUGUGUCAGUCUUUUGCUUGCCAAAUGGGAUGGCAUGCAUGCAUCAUGGGAGCAGUUAAACCAUAUGAACAAAGGAGGACACAUUCUGGAAUUGAUUUUAACGUGUGUGUCCUCAGAAGAGUUUAAACACCUGGCAAACUAGUUGGAAAGAACUGUCUACAAUUCAGCCUUCUCCAGCCGGGUGUACCUCCACUUUUGCAGGCAGGGGAAGAUAGGACUUGUAGUUUAGUAGAUCUGGAGGAUGGCUGGUUGAGAAAAGCGGGACAGAGAUCUUCCUCCUCCAGGGAUAUGGCUCUGGGCAGUCUUCCGUUCAUGUCAAUCAUGACAAGACCUUUAGCAAGCAAAUACCAAAAAUAAAACUUCAGGAGAAAGGAAUAUUAUGUGGUACAAAGAAUAAUAGUUGAAUACAAAGCUGUAUGUCUGUGUCUUCCCCGGCUGUACUCAUGACAAAAUGAUGAGUGUUAAAGAUGCUAUGUAAAAUAA